AUGACGGGCGGACGGUUCGACUUCGACGAUGGAGGCACUUACUGUGGCGGAUGGGAGGACGGGAAAGCCCACGGACACGGCAUCUGCACGGGACCCAAGGGUCAGGGCGAGUACUCCGGGUCCUGGUCCCACGGGUUUGAGGUAGUCGGGGUCUACACCUGGCCCAGCGGGAACACGUACCAGGGCUACUGGUCGCAGGGGAAGCGCCACGGGCUGGGUGUUGAGACCAAGGGGAAAUGGCUUUAUCGCGGGGAGUGGAGUCACGGGUUCAAGGGUCGCUAUGGAGUUCGGCAGAGCACCAACACACCUGCUAGAUAUGAUGGGACGUGGAGUAAUGGACUGCAGGAUGGAUAUGGAGUCGAAACCUAUGGGGAUAGUGGCACUUAUCAAGGCCAGUGGAUGGGGGGCAUGAGGCAUGGCUAUGGCGUCCGUCAGAGCGUGCCUUAUGGAAUGGCCACCAUCAUCCGUUCUCCGCUCCGCACCUCCCUGGCCUCUCUAAGAAGUGUGCAAAGCAACGGCGCCGUUCUCCAGGACACAGUACCAGACACUCCAGUUGGAAGCCGUGGUGGUUUCGUGCUGAAUUUUCACAGCGACACCGAAGUCGUCACCGGUAAGAAGAAGGGCCUGUUCCGUCGCGGGUCUCUCUUUGGGAGCCUCCGCCAGCUGCGUAAAUCUGACUCCAAAACGUCCAUCUCUAGCAAGCGAAGCUCAGCACGUAGCGAUGCCACCAUGAGCCGCAUCAGCUCCAGCGACGCCAACUCCACCAUCAGCUAUGGAGAAGGAGAGGUGCCUGAUGAUUACACGCCAAUGGAGGACCACGUGGAUGCCACCACCACUGAGUCCUACAUGGGCGAAUGGAAGAACGAUAAGCGCAAUGGGUUUGGGGUCAGUGAGAGAUCCAACGGGCUGAAGUAUGAAGGGGAAUGGAUGAACAACAAGAGGCAUGGAUACGGGUGCACCAUAUUCCCUGAUGGAACCAAAGAGGAGGGGAAGUAUAAAAAUAACGUGCUGGUGCGCGGGAUAAGGAAGCAGCUCAUUCCUCUUAAAAACCAUAAAACGAAGGAAAAAGUGGACCGGGCUGUGGAGGGGGCUCGAAGGUCGGCAGCUAUCGCCAGGACGAAAGUGGAAAUAGCAGUUUCAAGGACGUCCCACGCACGGACUAAGAGUGAAGCAGCAGACCAGGCCGCUCUCGCAGCAUGUCAGGAGUCAGAUUUAGCCCGAGCUGUGGCUUGUGAAUUAUCUCCAAGCUUCCAUCAACCAGGACUGGAAUACAUCAAGCAGAAGUUCAGUGAGCCGGUGGAGGAGAUUAAAGAAGAAGCACCCAAAGAAGAGGAGAAGAAGUCUUCAGGUAGCCCUUUCUACAGGCGCGGGACGACUCCGAGCCACUCUCCAGCCCAAAGCCCGACCCCAUCCCCUCCCCGCACCUCUCAGAAAAGCCAAGCGCAGAACCCCAGCAUUAGCCGCAAGAUCAGCAAAGACAACAGCGUCACGGCCCGCAAGAUCAGCAGAGACAGCACUUCUGUAGCCCGCAAGAUCAGCAAAGAAGAGAGAGCCUCCAUUGUGGCCGAAAUCACCAAAGUAUCCGUACCUCCUCCUCCUCUUCCUCCUCCUCCUCCUCCUGCAGUUCAGACUAUCAAGCUGCAGGAUGUCCCACCUCCAAAGCCUCCUAAAGCACUUGAACCCGUGGCCAAACCUGCGGGCACAGGUAACGGGCAGCUUCAUACUGCCUAUCACAGUUAUUAUGUGAAGCCGGUGAAGCAGUUGCCACCGCCAGAGGAGCCCGAAGAUGAGGAGCCUGAAAUCACACAGUCCAGUCUGGCCAGGAUGCCUCCACCUCCCAAAACGCUCAACACACCCACUCCCAAACCAGAGGUCAAGAUCAGGAAACAAGAGUCUAUUAAACCAAAGAGCUUAGCUGAAACCAAGAAGGCCAGCUUGGACCUGGUUGAAGAAGCAACGGUGGAAGAAUCUGGUCCUAACUCAAUUCUGGUUGCCAUGGUGAUGCUUUUGAAUAUUGGAUUGGCAAUCAUUUUUGUCCAUUUCCUGACAUGAAACACUACAAUCUCAAUGUUGGAUGGAAACCCACACAGUUGUGUCAAUGACCUUUCUGAAAUCCAAACGGCAGCAGGCAGAGUCUCCAGAGGGUAGAGAAGCAGAAGAAUCAACAUCUGAAGAGUCUGAAACCCAGAGCAUCAUCCUCCACGUUGAUGUCAUGUAACUGGAAAAAAGAGAGAGAGAGAGAGAGAGAGAGCGACAGAGAGAGAUGAAAAUAUUUCGGGGGGGAAGAAAAUGACCAUUAAAGUGGAAACCGAAGAAGGGAAUGCAGUGUAACGUGACUCAUAUCUGCUGAUGGAAAGCCUUAAUAUCAGCCACUCUCCAUAGGUCUCGGGCUUCUGGCAGAGACUUAA